AUGGGUUUCCGCUGGACCUCGCCAUUGGCUCAGGUGAUUGCCGUCGGCUUCAUCUGCUUCUGCUGCCCUGGAAUGUUCAACGCCCUCAACUCCCUCGGAGGCGGUGGUCAACUCGACUCCAAGGUCGGCCAGAACGCAAACGUCGCUCUUUAUACCUGCUUCGCCAUCUUUGGUCUCCUCGCCGGUGCCAUCCACAACAAGCUCGGACCCAAGUGGACCAUCUUCAUCGGCUGUGCCGCCUACGUCCUCUACGCCGGUUCCCUCCUCUGCUAUAACCAUACCCAGAACGGUGCCUUCACCAUUGCGGCCGGUGGUAUCCUUGGUGUGGGAGCUGGUAUGCUCUGGACUGCCCAGGGAGCCAUUAUGAUGGCUUACCCCCGUGAGCACGACAAGGGCAAGUUUAUUGGAUACUUCUGGGCCAUCUUCAAUGCAGGUGCUGUUCUUGGAUCCGUCAUCGCCUUUGCGAUCAACUAUAACGUCGUCGAGGCCCAGUCGCUCGGAGAUUCCACCUACAUUGUCUUCAUCUCACUCAUGGCCGUCGGAACCCUCAUUGCCCUCUCGCUCUGCCCCCCUACCAUGGUCACCCACUCCAACGGCGACAAGAUCCAGAUCCAAGCCUUCCCCACCUGGACUGGCGAGGUCAUUGCUGUCAUGAAGCUCUUCCUUGAUUGGCGCAUGAUCGUCCUCAUCCCCAUGUUCCUCUCCUCCAACUGGUUCUACUCCUACCAGUUCUCGACCGUCAACGGCGCCUACUUCUCCACCCGCACCCAGUCCCUUAACAACAUCCUCUACUGGGGUUCGCAGAUCAUGGGCUCCUGGACCUUUGCCCGUGUCCUCGACUACCAGGGCGUCAACCGCAAGACCCGCUCGUUCUGGGGAUUGGCCAUCAUCACCUGCUGCUUCGUCGCCACCUGGAUCGGAGGCAUCUUCUUCCAGAGGGGUUACAAGAUCACCGACCCCAAGGGUAACCACGACUUCAAGGAAGGUGCUUCCUACGUCGGUCCCCUUUUCCUCUACAUUUUCUACGGUCUUAACGAUGCUGCCUGGCAGACAUACUGCUACUGGUUGAUGGGUGCCCUCUCCAACGAUGUUACCGUCCUCUCGCGUUACGCCGGUUUCUACAAGUGCAUCCAGUCCUCCGGCGCUGCUAUCUCGUGGAGAAUCAACGCUGUGGGUACCCCUUUCAUGACCGAGUUGAUCAUCUGCUUUGCCCUCUUGGUCGCAUCUAUCCCCGGCGCCAUCUUGUUGACGACUAGGAUCCAGGACCAUUCGGAUGAGCCUGCUGCCGUUACUGAGGGACAUGACUUCAAGGAGGGCAAGCAUGAGUUCGAUGCCUAA